AAAACUUCUAAUUUAUCCAUAAUUACAUCCACCUCCCUACAAUUUGUAGACUUCUUACAUUAAUACCCUUUUGUAGGGGGUGGAUGUAAGAAAUGUAGAAUUAUAAGGGGACUGGAUGUAAUUUGUCAGACCUAAAAGGGUAUUUUUUGUGUGUAAUUAUUCUUUAAUUCAGGGAGGUGAUUGUAAUUUACUGUUAAUUAUAUAUAUGCUUUCGUAAAGCUUACCACAAUUCAUGCUAAUACGUGACAGAACAGAAGUGAAUCCUUAUCUUCAGUAAUUAAUGAAAUUAUAGCCUGCCUAACCUCCUAAUCUAAUUAUAGUAAUUAAACACCUGCCUAACCUCUUAACUAAUCCCCUUUUCACAAGAAACCCAUUUCAUCUAUUUAAUUAAAAAAAGCAAAACAACUCUCCAAUCUGAAAUUAAUUACACUCAAUUAAUCUUGCAAAUCCAUUUUUUUUAUUCUGAAAAAUGUGGUCUAUUGAGAUAUAUAUUGUUGGAUUUGUGAUUGUAAUUGUAACACAGUUGAUAAUAACAUACAGAUGGAGAAAUCCAAAAUGCAAUGGGAAACUUCCACCUGGUUCUUUAGGGUUUCCUUUCAUCGGAGAGUGUCUCGAACUCAUUUUUCCCGCGCAUUCCUAUGAUCUUCAUCCUUUCAUUAAAAAGAGGCUCCAAAGAUACGGGCCCCUGUUUUGUACAAACGUUGCAGGAAGAAACGUCGUCGUUUCAGCAGACACCGAGUUCAACAAUUAUAUAUUCCAGCAAGAAGAGAAAUUGGUGGUACGGUGGUACCUUGAUUUAUUCGAGAAAUUAUUCAGAGAAACCGGCGAGAUUAGACCGGACGGUCUAGCAAUACACAAGUACGUGAAGAGCAUGACACUCGGUCGUUUUGGGCCGGAAUGCGUAAAGCAGAACCUUCUUCUCCAGUUCGAACAACUCGUGCAAACCACGCUUCUUUCAUGGUCAACGCUAGAUCGCUUCGAUUUGACUCACGCUUCUGUUGCUAUGUUUGGUGAGUUUGGUACAAAUCAGAUGUGCAUAUGUGAUCCUGAAACCUCAAAACAAUUGGUCGAUAAGUUCAUUAAUGGCAGUAGAGCUAUAAUUUCAUUUCCCUUGAAUAUUCCAGGCACCACUUAUUAUAAAAGUCUCAAGGACAGCGAAAAAGUGAUGAAAAUGUUGAAGGAAAUUGUGAACGAGAGGAUCAUCGCUUCGGCACAAGACGAACACAAUUAUAAAGACGAUUUGCUUAGUAAACUGAUCAAAGAUAUCGACGUUGUCGACUUCAUCACACCGGAACACAUCAUUCACAUACUAUUCUCUCUCAUGUUUGCCAUUUUUCAGACCAUUCCUAUAAUAUUGGUUCUCGCCGUCAAAUUCAUCUCGGAAAAUCCAGCUGUUCUAACCGAAUUAAUUGCCGAGCACGACGAAAUUAUCGCCAAGAGAAAGAAUUCGGAUUCCUCGGUAACAUGGGAGGAGUAUAAAUCCAUGACUUUUACUCUUCAAGUUGUUAAUGAGACACUGAGACUAGGAAAUACUUUUCCUGGAUUUUUACGAAAAGCUGCUAAGGAUAUCAAGGUUAAAGGGUAUACAAUUCCAGCAGGAUGGGCAAUUAUGGCUUGUCAUUCAGCUCUGCAUUUAGACCCUAACAUAUAUAAAGAUCCACUCAAAUUCGAUCCGUCUCGUUGGAAGGACGCGACACCAGAGUUUAUAAGCAAGAACUUGAAACCAUUUGGUGGAGGUAUAAAGCAAUGUACAGGUGCAGAUUUUACCAAGGCCUCGUUGUGCAUUUUCCUCCAUGUUCUCGUCACGAAAUACCGGUGGAAUGUAGUUGAAGGAGGUGAUAUAAUCCAAAAUCCUGUCUUGCACUUGAAGAAUGGGCUUCAUAUCAGUCUGUCUGAAAGGAAGAAUGUGAAUUAAUUAAACAUGUCGAAAUUGAGAUUACUGUAGUUAUUGUUUUUGUUUUUGUUUUUUUAAUUUCAUGGAUAACAAUAAAUUAAAUCGAGAUUAAUGUAUUUAUACAUCUAUAUUUUUACUAUUUACACAUUUUCCAUGUUCACAU